AUGGGAGUCCAGCCGAUCGACGACCCCACCUUGCCCUCGGGCUGGAAGUGCCUGCAUGACUCGGGGUCUGGCCUGACUUACUACUGGAACACGGCAACCAAUGAGACAACAUACGACCGCCCAGGCGCCAAGGGUGGGCUCCCGCCGCCGCCUCCCGGCCCCGGGGCCGCGCGCGGAGCUAGCCCGCCGCGAGAACGCGCGCCGCCGAGCGGCGGCUACGGUGGCGGCGGCGGCUACGGUGGCGGCGGCGGCUACGGUGGCGGAGGGUACGGGAUGGGGGGGUACGGUGGUGGCGGCUUCGGCGGGCGGUUCGGCGGCGACGGCUUCGACGCGCCGAGCUCGCUGACCCCGCACGCAGUGUCGCAGCUUCCGUUCGAUCCGAACUUCAUGAACGAGUUCGGGCCUGCCGCACAAAACCUCAAAUUUGGCCUACCCGAAGGGAAGGAGUACUGGCGCGAGGUGGGAAUGCACAUCGAGGGCGACAACGUCCCGGAUCCAUUCACCUCGUUCGAGGCGGUGGGGUUCCCGGCUGACAUUAUGGACGAGAUUCGGCGCGCGGGGUUCGAGAAACCGACCGCGAUCCAGGCGCAGGCGUGGCCCGUUGCGCUGCAGUCGCGCGACCUCGUGGCGAUCGCCAAGACGGGUUCCGGGAAGACAUGUGGUUUCCUCCUCCCGGGCCUGCUUCACAUCCGUGCCACGCAGAAGAACCCGAUGCAAGGCCCCACAGUGCUGGUGCUUGCGCCGACGCGCGAGCUGGCGGUGCAGAUCAAACAGGAGGCGGACAAGUUCGGGCGGUCUUCGCGCGUGUACAACACGUGCGUGUACGGCGGCGCACCCCGCGGGGCGCAGCUCGGCGAUCUGCGGCGCGGCGUCCACAUUGUCAUUGCCACACCCGGACGCCUGAACGACUUCCUGGAGUCGCGUCAGAUCAACCUGACGCAGGUAUCGUAUCUAGUGAUGGACGAGGCCGACCGAAUGCUCGACAUGGGUUUCGAGCCGCAGAUCAACAAGAUCUGCGAGCAGCUCCCCAAGAACCGCCAGACGAUGUUCUUCUCCGCCACGUGGCCCAAGGAGGUCAAGGCGAUCGCCUCGCGCUUCGUCAUCAACAAGACGGUGCACGUCUUCCUGGGCGACGUCGACGACCACCUCGUGGCCAACAAGGACAUCCAGCAAAACAUCUUGUGCAUCCAGAGCCCGUACGAGAAGAUGCAGAAGCUCGCUGACGUCCUGCGCGGCCUUCCGAAGGGCUCCAAGGUCAUCAUCUUCUGCAGCACGAAGCGCGGCUGCGACGACCUGGCGUACUCCGUCGGCCGCGAGUUUGGUGCUGUGGCCAUCCAUGGCGACAAGAGCCAGCGCGAGCGCGACUGGGUGCUCGCGGCGUUCAAGAGCGGCUCCCGCCCCAUCAUGAUCGCGACGGACGUGGCGGCGCGCGGGCUCGACAUCCCAGACGUGUACGCGGUGAUCAACUUCGACUUCCCCAACUCUGGCUGCGAGGACUACAUCCACCGCAUCGGGCGCACGGGGCGCGCGGGGAAGAAGGGCCUGGCGUACACCAUGUUCACUCGGGACGACGCCAAGCACGCCCGGGAGCUCAUUGAGAUCAUGCUCGAGGCGCAGCAGAUCGUGCCGCCCGAGUUGGAGGACAUGGCGAGGUCGGUGCGGCAGAUGAAGGGAUCGUCGCGGUACGGCGGGCGCGGCGGGCGAGGGGGGCGCGGCGGGUUCGGGCGCGGCGGAGGGGGCGGGUUCGGGCGCUCCGGCGGGUUCGGAGGAGGAGGGUUCGGUGGUGGCGGUUUUGGCGGCGGCGGUUUUGGCGGCGGCGGGCGCGCGCGGAGCAGGUCGCCGCCGCGGUGGUGA